GUGGUUAGAAAAAUACAUUGCACAUGAGUACAAAAGCCCUGCCUGCCACAGACUGGUCAUUAGAAUGCAAGUGUGAAGGGGGGAGCUAGACAUGAUUGACAGCAUUUUGACCAGACUUCAGAUGUGUUAAGUUGGGCUAAGGAAAAAAGGGCAAAAUAGGGACUUUGUAAACAAAAAGUGGGUCUGAAAUGGCAGAUAUUGCAAGUGUGCUUGAGAGCAACACAGCUCCAGAGCAAGAGGUGGACAUCUGCGGAAAAGCUCAGGAGGACACAGCGAGUCAGCCGCCUCUGGUUAUGACCGAAGGAGACGAUUCUGUAUUUUACAGUGAAGAAGAGGAAAUUCCACAGCAAAUUGUUGACUCGAUUUGGGCUCCGCAUUCAGGAGAACCAAUUUGGCCUGAAAAACUUAAUUCUGCUCAUCAAAUUCACAAUUCAGGAGCUCAGUCUUCAUGUCACAGUAUUGGUCUAAUGGAAGCAAGCUCCGAGCACGACAGUGUUGCCAUGCUGAAAGAAAUGGAAGGUACAUCGGAAAACAAAGUGAAUAAUGCGUCAUCUACAGACACUGAAGUGCACGGCGAGACAGCAGCUAACAGCAGGAUAACACACACUGAAGAGCUUUCAACACCUCCAGCAGUACCACUCAGAAUGUCUACUCCAGCUGAAGCUGCACAGAUGAAAGAGAGAGCCGACACAUACACAGAUGAGAGCAGCAGCUUUUUGCCUGAUGAGGCCGGAGAGACAGAACUACCAGGAGACAGCAGUGUGAAUCUGGAGGAAGUGGACGAGGAGCAUGGGCUAGACAUAGCGUGCGAAUCCAACAACAAGCCAUUUAAUCACCUGAUGCAUGCAAAGUAUGGAACAGUGUCAUACCGGAGAAUUCGGAGAGGCCAAACCAGGAAGAGGAUUGAGAUGUUCGAGUCUAUGAUGCAGCUGUGAAAACCCUGAACAUAACUAACACACACACACACACACACUCACACACACACACACCGAGGGCCCACAUUUAUUUACAUAGAUGUGAGCUACAACAUAUUGUAAAUGAUAACACAAGACUUUUGGGUGCUUUCAAACAAAUGCUUCUUAAUAAGUCAGUUAACAAUAUGAAGUGUCACACUGCGAACAUAGAUACACAGUCAGCUAACAGAAACUGGGCUCCUGAGCUGAAACAUGUGAGAAAAUAACAUUCUUGGGUAAUUAAACACUCCAGUACUUGGUGACUAAAGAGGAUGAAAGCGUAAUCCUACUGGAAAAAAUCCCCAUUAUUGGAAUUUCGCUCAUGGUAAUACUGCAGCGUUCAAUAAAUCCAAGCUCUAAUGCAAAAGGACAACUAUAUGUUUAUCAAGACACUGCAUAUUUCUAAAUUCAUGCUAACACACUGUAUGGACUGGGCAAUAUGGACAUAUAUUUUGUCACAUCGUAAUAUCAAAAUAUAACAGAAAGCCGUGUGAGAGUUUUUAUUUGGUGCUUUGGUGCUGUGGUUAAUCUAUUCGGAAAUAAAACACUGACUAUGUGGUAAAGUGCAGAUCAUCAGCUUUAAUUCAAGCAUCAAUAAUCUAUGAAUCAAGGAAUUUCAGGAUGCAAUAAGAAAUCACGUGCCCCAAAGUCAAAACUGAGUGUCGUCACCAGCUCUCAAGUUUAAAUGGAGGUCAGGUAUCUUUACAUGCAAAUCAAGUAUAAUGUUUCUAAGCUACUGUUAUGAAUACUGUCCUGGGAAGUGUGGGCCAGGGAUCCAUAAUCUGUAGUUGUGUAGUUUAUAUCAAAAUAAUAAAUAUUACACUCCAAGAAAGCAAUUCAGCCUUUGAGUCGAUGAUCAUUCUGCGAUCAUUCAGUUUUGCACUUGCAGCAACUUUCCUCUCUAUGUGUUCCUACGUAUGUAUGGUAAACUGGUGUUUCCUGACCAGCAUUUACAUACUGGAACAUUGGCUUUUAUAUUGUAUGACAGAAUAACACUUGUCUGCCAUAUAUGCAAGGAAUAAAACACUUACGGGACAGUAUACUGUUUUGGAAAAUCAAUCAACAAUGGGGUGGUGUGAUGCUGUCCGAUACAAAGCAGAGUUACUGUUACCAAGCUGACGUUGAUUGUUUUCCUAUAACAGCAUGUCCCAAAGUGAUUUAUCCCUCUUAUACCUCAACAAUUUGCCAAUUAUUAUUAUUAUAUUAAUUAAAGAGCAACAUGGCAUACUUUCUUUCACCCGUUUAUUGUUAUAUUUAAUGUUGCAGAACAUCUGUGAAAAAAAGUUAGUCACAUCACUUACGUUAUAGCAGCUAUUAAAAAUCGUUCUCUCACCGGCCUCUUUAAAAAAAAAAAAAUUCAACUUAAUAUGACAUGAAAAAAAUACAGCUUCUCUCAUUACCUAGAAAUGGCAAAGUACAAAGCUCUCGAGCCUGAUGACUAUCUUGUUUCAAGAACGAAAAAACUAAAAAUUACAGAAAAAAAUACUAAACUGGCACUGGAGACUCCUUCCAAAAAUGCUAAAUAAACAUCUCCUUACAGAAGCUUCACCAAAUCAACGAUUAACCCUUGUUAAAAAAAAAAUCUGUUCACACAAUCCUCUGUCAUAUUAGUCCUGUGAAACAAUUAUGUCAGUGCUGCUCUUAGAAAAAAAUUAUUAGAACCAUCGGACCAAUCAGAUUCGAGAGCUCAACAGUGCUGCGGCACAAUCAGAUUAGCUCAGAUUUUCAGCUCCUGUAUUGGUAAAGCUACUACAGUGGCAUUUUCACCUUUCACUUCACCUGAACUCUCAAAAUAAUUCCUUAGAAAGAUUUUAAUCAUAAAAAUUUUGAUAUAGUUUAAGAAGAUUUAGGAUGCUUCUGUAUACAGCAGAAGACACCUGGAACUAUGCCAAAGGGUCAGGAGUGCUUUUUUCUACCCAAUCAGGUAUAUCUUCAUCUAAUAUAGCUAUAACACUUUGUCACACAACUCUACAGACCUUCUGUAAGAACUCUAGCAAAUUGUGACCAAGGCUUUCUUUUGUGGUAAACCGUCAGAGGUCAGGCUAGUGUGUGUAUUCUCUGACAUUUACUUUUAAUAGCUUUAUUAUAAUAGCUUUCAUUGUGCUUUUGCCUAAUUAAGAGAGAUAGAGUGAGAGAGAGAGAGAUUUUGUUAUUUUCAUCAGAUUUGAGUUUUGGGGUUGUACAGUGAGCAGGUACUUUCCGGAAUUACAUAGAAGAGAUUAAGUGUUUCCUGUUAAGAAUUACUGUAACCACGUGAUCUUUACCGAGGAAGAGAUCUUUUUUCACUUCUAUUAGAGUUUUCAUGUUGUUUACCAUAACUGAUUAAAGUAAUACAGAAUAGUAUGAAUAUGUGCUUUGUAUAAUAAUAAUAAUAAUAAUAAUAAUAAUAAUAAUAAUAAUGCUUUGUACUUGCAUAUUCACUGUAAUAGACAGGAUUCAUUCAUCCUUUAGAGGAGAGGAGAGGAGGAUAAAAACUUAUCAGGAGGCUGCCAAGAGACCCACGGCAAUAUUAAAGGAGCUGCAGGAAUAUCUGGGAAGUACUGCUCACUCCCUGCAUGUGACAACAAUAUCAUACUCUUCACGUCUGGGCUAUAGGGCAGGGUGGCUAGACGGAAGCCCGUUCUCAUGAAAAACACAUCCAAGCCCACCUAGAUCCCAAACCAUGUGGCCAAGGUAGAACUUUUUGGUCAUAAAUUUAAAAGAUAUGUUUGGAGAAAUAAAAAGGCAUCUUAUCAUCCAUACAAUACCAUACCCAUGGUGAAACAUGGUGGUGGCAGCAUCAUGCUAGGGGGCUGCUUCUCUUUAGCUGAGACUGAGACACUAGUCAAAAUAGAGACAAUUAUGGAUAGAUACCAAAUACCAAUCUAUUUUGGCACUAAAACCUGCAGGCCUCUGUUAGACAGCUGAAGAUGAAGAAAAAUUUCACCUUCCAGCAUGAUAACGACCCAAAGCACAAAUCCAAGUCAGUGAAGGAAUGCCUUUAGAAGAAGAAGGUCAGCGGUUUGGAAUGGUCCAGUCAGAGCACAGAUUUAAAUCCUAUCGAAAAACCUGUGAAUUGACUUGAAGAGGGCUGCACACAGAAGAUCCCCUUGCAAUCUGAUAGAUAUGAAACAAUUUUCGCAACAAAGAAUAAAAUAAAAUUUGCCAAAUCAAGCUAUGCUAAGUUGGUAGACUCCGAGUGCUGUAUUGCAAGCUAAAGGUGCUUCAAAAAAGUAUGAGUUAAGGAGUGUGAACACUUCUUUUUUUCCUAAAAUCUUUCUAUUUGUUUUUCACUUGAAUUAUGUUGGUUGCUAUAUCACAUUAAAGAUCUGACAUGGUUUCAUUUUUACGCCACAAAAAAUUGCAAUUUUAACAGGGCUUUGUAUCCUUUUUAUAUCUACUGUAGAUAAUCUAUAGACUAUCCUCUUGUCUCUAGUCAUAUCCCAGUUUCAACUCUAGUCCAUGUUGAAUCUCUUAAUACAUUUUAUGAUACGUUGUUGGAAGACAGAUACACAUUCGCUGGCAUGCUGUAGAGAAUCAGUUUAUAUGAUACUUAAUGCCAGUCUAUAGAUAUUUUGGAGUUUCUGAGAUAAUGAUAUCCCCAUAAGUCUCUUCAGCACAUGAGCAUCAUAAACAGUUGAUUUGCUCACAGUAGUAAGCAUUUUUAAAAUUGCACUAUUGUGAAAAUAU